AGAAAGGAAAGAGAGAAAAGAAAACUAAAAAAAAUACAGGAAAAAAACGAAUCGACACAUAAAAGAUCAUGAAAUCUACAAGGAUUGUAUUUAAAUGUGUUAAAGUUAUAUUUCUUGUUCUGGCAGUGUUGUUUGGUAUUUUCAACAUGGUAUUUGCAACAGGUCAAACCUUCGAUACGAAGUUUCAGUUGUCAAAAGGUCAUUUACAGAAAAAACUUAUUCCAUAUUCACUGUAUGAAAUUAACGUGAACGGACUUCACGACUGUGUUCGCGAGUGUUUUAAUAUCGGCGAGGGUUGUAAAGCUUUUAAUUUUAACAUUAGACAAAAGACAUGUGAAUUUAAAUACAAAGAUCUAGCGUCUGCAGACGACUCUGAUUUCCAACAAGAUCGAGAAUAUAUUUUUUCUGAUAUCACGGAAUGGCCAAAAACUUUGGCACGUGGAUGUUCAAAUCAUGAUUGUAAGGCAGAUCAAUUAUGUUUGCCACGUGGUAACAGAGACUUUCUGUGCGUAAAUGAAGAUUGUGGUCAAUUGGACACUAUAUCAAACGGGUAUGUGUUCGCACUAGCAAGCACAUAUGGAUCUGUGGCAGUGUAUACAUGUAUAGCAGACUAUGAAAUUACCUCCUCUCACAGCACGAGGACAUGCAACAAUGGUGUUUGGACGAACACCAAGCCUACGUGUUCCCCAAUUCUAAAUAUCGGAUGUUAUUGCACGGAGUCAUCAUACUUGUACAAAGGUACCGAAAGCACUACAUGGAAUGGUAAAAAAUGCCAAAGAUGGGACGCACAAAGUCCACACGAUCAUUCUAUUGACUUCACAUAUGAUUUCCCGGAUGCAAGUUUAACUGCUGCCGAAAACUAUUGUCGCAAUCCUGAUUAUGAUGGCAACGAACCCUGGUGUUAUACGGUGGACCCCAAUGAACGCUAUACAACAUGUGCAGUACAAAAGUGUACAUCCUGCCCAAAACCAAAUUUCGGAUGCUAUUAUCCGGGGUCAUCACACUUGUACGAUGGUACAAAAAGCACUACAUGGAACGGUAAAAAGUGUCAAAGAUGGGACGCACAAAGUCCACACGAUCAUUCUUUUGACUUAACAUAUGAUUUCCCGGAUGCAAGUCUAACUGCUGCCGAAAACUAUUGUCGCAAUCCUGAUUAUGAUGGCGACGAACCCUGGUGUUAUACAACUGACCCGAAUGAACGCUAUACAACUUGUGCAGUACCAAAGUGUUAACAAUUAAAGAUCCUGUAUGUUGUUAUUAUGGUUGUAACAACACUUGAGUGAAAUUUUAUAUUAACCAUGCUUCUAAAAUAAUUUUCAAACAUCAAAGAAUAUGUAAAAUAUGAACUGCAAAUAUUUGUGCUCAUUUUAUCAUCAGAUGCCCAGUUUCAUUGGCAGCCCAGUUUCAGUUACCUUUUUAUGAAAUGCUGCCACUUUGAAAAGCAUUGUUGCAAAGUUUUUAUCCCAGUGGGACUGUUUAUGUUAACUUAUUACCUUGAUGCAACCUUGAAAAAAAGGUUAGAAAAUAUAAAUUGUGUAUCUGGCAUACUAUUUUCCUUGAAAAUCCUUCUUUUUAAGCAUUUUCCUUAUUACUCUUUAAUCCACAGAACAUCAGAUAUUUUUUUUAACAAAAGCUAAGAUUAAAAUGUUGUUUUUUUCAGCAUUUUAUGACUGUAAGUCUAUUUUCUCCCUGUCUUUAAUUAAAUUUAGCUGAUUAACAUGAAAAUAUUAGUAAACAAUGAAGUUAAAAUACACAUUUUCCUUAUAUUUGUAGUCAAAGUUUGGAAGAAAUCUAAGAAGUGAAGAUACCACUGAAAUUUGUUGAAAGAAGUAUUUUUGUAUUGUGAAACUUUCAGAUUUAAUGUUAAAAUAAUAUCUUUACUUGAAAACCAACUUUUUUAUUGAAGAUAUAAGAUUUUUUUUACAUGUGUCAAUUUUUUCUACCCCAUCCCCUAGUGUUUCAUAUAAUUUCCUUUUCAAAACCGUCCUAAUAUAUUAAUGUACCCUAUAUCUUGUCUUUAUUAAAGCAUAUUUUUAGCAUACAUAUUUUCUAUUGCUAUGUUUGUGUAUUAAUACCAUAUGUUUUGACCAUUUCUGGCUGAUGCUUCUGGGAUAGAAAUUAUAUAGGGAUCACCGAAGUAGGACGAAUUCGGUAUUUGUGAGCUAAUUAAGGGUAUGUUUGGUUGAUAUGGUAAAAGAAAAUUAUAUAUAAAUAUAUAGCUAUUGUUUGUGUUUGAAUUAAUGAAGAAAGGUAACUUUUGAAGAAUCUAAAGUUAAAAUUAGUCUCCUUCAAUGUUCUUUAUCGUUGUGGUCAGAAUACUCUUAGGGUGACUGAAACUGGUCCUUCAACGAUAUGUACUCACUUAAAUAUAUGCACUCAAUUCUUAUUGAAAAUUUUGACUUAGACUUUAUAGAAAAUAAUGUUUUUAAUAACCUCCCUUUAUUAACAUGAAAUGUAAAUUAGGUAAUAUCUUUACAAAUUAUGCUUUUUAGAACUAACAAUAUUGAUAAAUCUUCAUUUUGGCAUCAUAUUUAAUGAUAUAAAACCAUAAAACAUUGAGUUAAGGAGCUUUAACAUCAGUCUCUUAUAAGAAAUGUAAAACCGUUUGCUCCGUAUCUUUUGAUGUGUCAGUUUUAUCCUUCCUACAGACCCGGAUGCUAAUUCCUCUGAUAUAUUUCUCAAGUCCUUCACCUGAUGCUCAUUGUACUUAACUAUAUUGUAGUUAUUGCUUUUUUCGUUUAGCCUCUUCUUCCUAUCUUAAGUUUUGUUUUUCAUUCUCCUACAUUACCUUUGCUUUUUCAAACUUCAUAUGACUUUCUGAGUUCUAAAGGUAUUCUAUCUUUAUGUGAGCCUUGUUAAUGAUAUACUAUGCUAAUGACUCACUAUUUGGAUAAAUUACUUUUUUUGCAGAAAUUUAUUGAAAUCUUGAAAAUCCUUUCUGAAAAUGUCUCAUUUGAAUAAGUGAAUGAUGUCUAAUAUGAAUAAGUCAAUGAGGACACUAUGUUUGGGAAGCUGCAUUCCCAAUUACUUGUCAAGUCAUUGUCGUUCCUCUUAAACAAAACUGCCAGUUUUUUCAAUAACACUAUGUAAUCAUAAUGUGUUUAGCUGUAGUGUAUAGUUUAAAACAUAACAUAUUUUCUCUGUGUGUAUUGAAUAUAUGUUUAUUUUACAUUUGAAAAGGGACCGUAUAGUAAUUGCCAUUUUUUUUUUAAAUGACAAAUUUGAGCAUGAUAUUUCUUUUUAUCAGUGUUUUAAAAACUGACAAGUCCCUCUGGGCGUGCGUCUAAUGUGUUUUCAAUAUAUUCCUCACAAGGAAGUUAUCAAACUUUUUGUAGCCUUGUGACCAUGUCCUUUCUUCAUUUAACCAACAACGGUAUUGUACACAUAAUUGGGAAAUUUAGUGUCUAUCAUCACAUUUAAUCAGGGAGGAUCUUACAUUGAGAAAUGCAAGCCUUCUGGAAAAAAAGCUGUCCCUAAAAGAGGAAGUGAAAAAUUGUUGGUCAGACGAGGGAAAAAUCAGUGUGCUUCUGACGAACAGAAGAAAGACAAAAGUAGACAUGUGUACAGACCUCUCAAUGUCUUUAUUGUGAAAGAGUGUGAACAGAUGGUUGAAUGCACUGUACGUGACACUGAAGAUGUGGAUUUAGGAUGCAAUCUGUAGAUAGAUGUGUUGAUUAUGUGUUUAAACUGUUGAUAAGUACACGCAUGUUUUAUUUGUUUUAACACACGUGUUUGUUGAUUUAUGUGAAUAAUGCCCUGCCAUGAGUGAUUGUAGAUUCGAUCAGUUUUCAUUGGUCGUAAAUUUGACCACUCGUUAUCUAGUGGUGUUAUUACGCAGUAGAACCAAUCUGACUAAAGUUUAAAACUACUUGUUUCUUCCAACCGCCUUCUUAAUCAUUCGCAUUUCCCGAGAAAGCUAUUUUUAGCCAUGCAAUCAAACCGGUUUUUACAAAUAGGCAUUAGAAAAAGUAUCAAAAUACCAUUAUCCAUGACAGAAAAACAAAUUGUUUAUUUUUGUUAGAAAAAAAAUUGAAGUAAUUUUUUAAGAAAUUAACUUGAUGUAAUAAAGUUGUUAUGUAUAUAGGCUUUAUUUUAGAUGUGUUUAGUAUCUAUUUCCUGAAAAGCUCUAGGUGAACGCAGGACUGAUAAUAUCGAUGUUGUGGGUUCGAUACCUACUCAUGCCACUAUCAUUUUUUCAAUAAUUGUGUUUAUUUGAUGUUAAUAGGUAGAGCGCAUUAAAGUUCUUUCAAUAAAGUUCUGUUCAUGUUCAAUCUCGAAUAUUCUUUAUCUAAGUAGUUUUCUAGAUUGUUUAUUGAUAGUAUAUAUUAUGAUGAAUGUUUGUACUUCGAGGUGUGUGCUAAUUUGUGAUAUACUGAUUGUGUGCUAUUUUACUUAGGAUAUCGUGACAUAGGAUUAUAUUAGUUUUGAUUCUGUUAUUUUUUGUGGGAAUUGUUUGUUUUGGACAUAAUGUUAUAUUCUGCUGUUGACAUUGGACAUUGAUUAAAUCUGAAUUGUGGACAAUUGUGUUUCGAACUGUGAAUUAAACUUUAGGACAUCUGUUAAAAUCGAAUCGUGGAUAAUUGUGAGUUAAACUAUACUUUCAUAUUUUUCUGAAUUAUUGUAAAUAACUGUUGUUGUUUUUUUGUGUUUUUUUUGUGUUG